ACUCUAUAUCUUCUUGCAAUACAAUCAAUUCCGAAUAUUGCAGGUUUAACGCGGUUGAUUUAUUCGUUUUUAUUGGUUUAGAAUCGCUUGGAAUUACGGCAAUUCUCGGCAAUAUUUCAUUAAUUAUCGUUUUUGUCAAAAACAAUUAUAUCAAUAAAGCCAGUUUUAUUUUAAUCUUAAGUUUAUCAGUCGCUGAUUUAUUGCAUGGUGUCGUUACAACGUUUUAUUUCUAUCCACCAAUUAUUUUCAAGAGGCAUCAAUUUUCGUCAUUUAUUAUGCGAAUUUUUAAUAUCGUCGACUGGGUAGCGUGGUCAAUCACGCUCACACAUAUGAGUGCCAUAUGCAUUGACCGUUUAUUCGCUGUAACGAUGUAUGGACAAUAUGCAACAUUGAUCACUGCAAAACGGGUUCAAAUUUAUAGUAUAAUGUGUUGGUUGAUAUUUUCGUCGAUCAAUUUAGUAUUCUUUAUUUUUAAUUUUUGUUGUAUAAUUGCGCCUUUAAAAGAACACGAUUACUACAGUUUUGGCUAUCUAAAUGGUAACGGUUACAAUAUUUAUAUUCUAAUUUAUUCACCAAUUGAGGCUAUAACCAUUUUUAUAUUGGCUAUAACAAAUCCAAUUACCCUUAUACAAAUUUAUAAGCGAUGGAAAAGAAGGCUGGCAUUGCACAAUGACAUACCUUCCUUUCUUUUAUAUGAUUUGUCAAAUGAAGAGGAGCAAAUUUUAAAUAUUAAUCGAAAUUCUUUCUGGACCUAUAUCAAAAGAAAAUUUUCAAAUCCACGUAAACAAUUAAUUCUCGCAAGUGCGAUGUUAAUUGAAAUGUCAAUAAAAAUGGGAAGUCAGUUCAUAACAACUCAAAAUAUUAAGGAAUUUACGAUAAGAAAAAAAAUAAAUCGCCAACAGCAACGAGUUAUGAUGCAGGUUUAG